GGACUAGAUUUAGCAAAAAUUAAGCUGUCAGUUCUCUUUGCUACUGCAUGACUAUUGAUCUCUUUGAGAGAAAGUUUUGUUUAUUUAUUUAUUAUUAUAUUAUUAUUGUUCACAAUUGCACUUCUUCCAUAUUGUUUUGUUAUCUCUAAAUAUGGUUUGUUGUUUUAGGAUUGCACUAUGUAAGCAGAGCUGUAGAGAUGAGGGUUGGAGUGAAGUUGCAAAGUACUUAACAGAAGAUGUUCUCCCCUUGCUUACUUCUGGAGAUCUAAAAGAUGUUGAAGAUGUGUUAUCAAUCAUAUUUAAAUCAGCACCUUCUGGUUUUGGAGAUCUUAUCAAGUGGAUUGCAGAGGUUCGAAGACAUGAGGAUGAUGGUAUCAAAUUAAGUGAAGAGGAGAAAGGAAGGCUAGCUCUCAAGGAAGAAGUAUUGAGACAAAUACGAGAAAUAGAACUUUUCAAACAUGUGACCAAAUGGUUGGCUUUUGAGAGUUCAGGAUGUAAAGCUGUUGGAGUUUCAGGUUGCAAAGACAGGUUACCUGAAGUAUCUCUAAAUGUUUGUUGUCAAGGAGCAGAAAUUCUGUCUGGUAAACUGCGCUUGUCAAAAGAAUCCUGCUGCAGGGAAACAAAUAUGAAACUUCUAAAAGGGGACAACAAAAAGCCUGUGACUGUGGUUUCAGGAACUAUUAUUACUGGCAGCAGUGAACAAAGAGUCGAUAUUCUGGUCCCAUCUUCUCAAACAGUGCCUAGUAGUUUGUUUGAUCCUGAUCAAAAUAACUGCAGUUGCAUGCAUCCAUCACUUGGUGAUGGUCUGACGGUCCUUUUAUUGGCCUUGCCCCCUCAUACCUGGUCCGGCAUCAAAGAUGAGAAGCUUCGGGAAAAACUGGAAGCUCUUGUAAACUCUGAUACUCUCUCAUCUCUACUUCAGGAGGAGGUUCUGCAUUUGCAGCAACAGCUCCAUUUUGUCGCCCCCUGCUUAAUUUCUUCCUGAGUAAGUGAAUAUAAAGUUGGGUUGCAUGAAUUCUGGUUUCCUGGGUAAUGAUAAUGAAGCACCUUAAACAAAAAAUCACUGGUUUUCCAUAAAUUCUUGCGUAUGUAAACUUUCAUGACACUGACCAUUUGCUCUCGUAGGCAAUGCGACUUCUAUUAAUUGCCAUGCCACUAGCUUUAAGAGAAUGGAAUUUUAAUUUAUGGCAUAUUGUCAAAUUUUCUAAUAUUCUAAUAAUAGAUUUUUUUUAUA